ACACCUAGCCAUAGUCCUAGCUCAAGCAAUCUUACCCAAAAAAAAAAGCAAAAAAUAGGUUCCUUUGAUCAUUUUGCUAGAUAGAUACUCAUUCUUGACAAAAUGUUGAAGCCUCAUGUCUUGCAUAGCUCACAAACUACACGAACCCUACUUCCAUGGAAGAAACCAUUUGUAUCAGGUGAUGGCAAUGUUUCUUUCCCAAAUUUUCACAAACCACCCGUGUUGGGAAAGGCCAAAAAGAACGUCCCAGUUCGCCAUGCUGCUAGCAGCAUUAAGGCCAUAGUCACCGACACCGAUAAAAUUACUAGAGUUAAAGCAGUUGUCACUGUGCAACCAACGGUGGGAGGAAUUCUUACACAUUUAGGGUUGAGCAGAGGACUUGAUGAUAUAACCGAUAUGUUCGGAAAAACCCUCCUACUGGAGUUUGUUCCGGCAGAACUUGACCCCAAGACCGGACUUGAAAAGCCGACUGUCAAGGCUUAUGCACACAAGACGAAUCUGCUUGGGGAAACGACAGAGUAUGAGUGUGAUUUCGAAUUAUAUCAUGGUUUUGGGACGAUAGGAGCAAUAUUGGUGGAAAAUGAGCACCACAAGGAGAUGUUUUUAAAUAAAAUAGUCAUAGAUGGCUUUGAUGAUGGACCUGUAAAUUUCACUUGUAAUUCUUGGGUUCCUGCCAAAAAUGACACUGAUGAGAAGAGAAUUUUCUUCACCAGCAAGUCCUAUUUACCAUCGGAUACUCCAAGUGGGCUCAAGAAGUAUAGGGAAAAUGAGCUCGUAGUUGUCCGAGGAGAUGGAACAGGAGAGCUCAAGAAAUACGACAGGAUCUAUGACUACGAUGUGUAUAAUGAUUUAGGGGAUCCUGAUUCGAGUGAAGAUUUAGCCAGGCCAGUUAUUGGUGGUAAAGAGAAUCCAUAUCCUAGGCGCUGCAGAACUGGCCGCCCCAGAACCGAGAAAGAUCCAUUGUCAGAGUCAAGGAGUGGCGAUGUGUAUGUGCCAAGAGAUGAAGCUUUCUCCGAAGUAAAGAAUUUGUCAUUCUCAGCAAAAACAGUCUAUUCAGUUGUGCAUGCUUUAGUACCAGCUUUACAGGGUGCUGUUCAAGACAGAGACAAGGCAUUUCCAUACUUCACAGCCAUAGAUUCACUAUUCAAUGAAGGGAUUAAUAUACCAACUCAUAAGGAGGGAUUUAGUCUUGGAGCAGUUUUGCCAAGGCUUAUUAAAGCUGUCACUGAUACAGGAAAUCAGCUCUUGCAAUUUGAAACUCCAACAUUUGUGGACAGGGAUAAAUUUGGUUGGAUGAGGGAUGUGGAAUUUGGUCGCCAAACCUUAGCUGGUCUAAAUCCAUGCAGUAUCAAGCUGGUUACGGAGUGGCCACUGAAGAGUAAACUAGACCCUAAAGUGUACGGACCAGCAGAGUCAGCUAUAACAACAGAACUCAUUGAGCAAGAAAUCAAAGGUUUCAUGACAGUCGAAGAGGCAAUAGAGCAAAAGAAAUUGUUCAUUGUAGACUACCAUGACCUUUUCUUACCAUAUGUUGAGGCGGUUAGAAAGCAAGAGGGGACAACCCUUUAUGCGUCAAGGACGUUGUUUUUGUUGUCCCCUGAUAGCACGUUGAUGCCCCUGGCUAUUGAGCUAACCCGACCAAAAAUGGGUGAUAAGCCUCAAUGGAGGGAAGUUUUUCGGCCUUCUUGGAAUUCCACCGGUGCCUGGCUUUGGAAGCUUGCUAAAGCUCACGUUCUUGCUCAUGACUCUGGUUAUCACCAAUUGGUCAGUCAUUGGCUAAGAACUCAUGCUUGCACAGAGCCCUACAUAAUUGCAACCAAUAGGCAACUUAGCGGACUGCAUCCAAUUUACAGACUGUUACACCCUCAUUUUCGAUACACAAUGGAGAUCAAUGCUUUGGCUCGUGGAUUCCUUAUCAGUGCAAAUGGGAUCAUUGAGAACUCAUUCUCCCCUGGAAAUAUUUCCAUUCAACUAAGUUCUGUAGUUUAUAACCAAGAAUGGCGGUUCGAUCAUCAAGCAUUGCCAGGGGACCUAAUUAGCAGAGGAAUGGCUGUGGAGGAUCCAAGUGCACCACAUGGCUUGAAGCUAGCAAUUGAAGAUUAUCCUUUUGCCAAUGAUGGAUUGAUCCUUUGGGAUAUCCUCAAACAGUGGGUUGUAGAUUAUGUGAAUCACUACUAUCGUGAUGCCAAAGCUAUACAAUCUGAUGAUGAGUUGCAAGCAUGGUGGACGGAAAUCCGAACAAUAGGUCAUGGAGAUAAGAAAGAUGAGCCCUGGUGGCCUGUGCUGAAAACCCCUGAUGAUCUAGUUGGAAUCAUAACUACAAUCAUAUGGGUUACCUCAGGACACCAUGCUGCUGUAAACUUUGGCCAAUAUGAUUUUGCUGGAUAUUUUCCAAAUAGGCCAACUACUGCUAGAGUCACUAUGCCUUGCGAAGAGCCAAGCGAUGAAAGGUGGGAAAGGUUCUUAGUGCGACCUGAGGUUGAGCUGAUGGCUUGCUUCCCAUCGCAGGUUCAAGCAACAACUGUUAUGGCAAUCCUCGACGUUUUGUCUAAUCAUUCCCCUGAUGAGGAGUAUCUAGGAGGACAGAUAGAGCCAUUUUGGGCAGAGGAUCCCAUCAUAAAAGGUAAAUAUGAAGAAUUUGCCGGGCGACUAAAGCAGCUCGAAGGAAUUAUUGAUGAAAGAAAUGCUGAUGAGAAACUGAAGAACAGAUUUGGAGCUGGACUGGUGCCAUAUACACUCUUGAAGCCAUAUUCAGAAUCAGGAGUAACUGGACAAGGGGUCCCAAAUAGUAUCUCCAUUUGAGUUCAUGAUAUCUAUCUUGAAAUCAAAAGCUCUGGAAAUAAAAAAAAAAUAAAAAGAGAGAUUGCGUGAGAUAGAAUGGAAUGGAAUGUAAUAAGACAGGUAAGGCCCAGUCGAUCUGAGUUCCAAAUGUUUCUCAAAUUGGGAACAUGUAACGAAUGCUCAAGCCAAGUAUUCUCUGUCUAAUGGUGGUAAAAGCAUAUGUAAAGAGUCUCCUUAUCAUAAUUUCUUGUUCUAUGUAAAGAAAACAGGCAGGCUCCUUGCAAA